AUGAAGUCCAUUAUUAUUCUCUGUCUUGUUGCUUUUGCUUCAGCAAACUUAUCAACAGAUUCUGGAAAGAGUCUCGAGACACCAUGUCCACCAGAAAAUCUUUUCGGUGAGGUUGAGGCACAAGAUUGCUGCUCCAAUCCUGAUAGCUGUGUUGAGGAUUCUGUAUUUUUCCACACAGAUGCAACAUCAAGAAUCGUCGACGCCUCAAAAGUUGAUGUUUAUGAUGAAUUCAUUAAGUACGCCAAUGAAUACUUAACACGCUCAUAUGAAUACUUCUUCUUAGCUGCUCAAUUCGGAACAUACAGCAAGGAUCGUGCUGGAUUUGAAAAGUUGCUCAAUGGAUUAUCAGACAGCGCAUGGAAUAGAGGCAUUGAUAUGAUCAAGCAAAUGGCAAAACGAGGAAUUCCUCAUAGAUACAUCUUAAACAAAGACAUUGAAGGUAUCGUUUCAAGUGCCAAUGUCACAGAAAUGGCUGCAGUUGCUAAAGCCGCUGAUAUUGAAAAGAAUCUUUUGAUCAAGGCAAAUGACAUCCAUCGUCAUCACUCACAUGCCUCCUUGACUGCAUCCCCAUCAUGCGGAUAUGAUGCAUCAUUGUCCCAUUACAUCGCUGAAGAAAUCAUGGAAGAGAAGGUUGAUACAGUCCGUACAUUGACUGGAUAUACCAAUCAACUCAAGAGAUUGUUCAAACAAGAUCCAAAAUUAUAUCCAUUAUCACUUUUCAUGUUCAAUCAACAACUUGAAUAAACUUUCUAGUUGAUUUACCAAUUUGUACUGAAAAGAACAUGCUUAACAUUCUAGGAAAGAAGUAUAAUAUUAUUAAAAAUUGCUGUGUUAUUUU